AUGGCUUCUCUGAUUUACUACUCUCUUCCGGGAUUCGGCGAGAAGUGCCGCGUGGAAUAUGGAUUCAGCGACUCUUGCAUCAUUGGGGACCGUAUCGUGACGACUGGUCAAACCGGAAUGAACCCUUUGACUUUGAAGACAUCAUCAAACUUUGAUGAAGAGGUGUCCCAGGCAUUCUCUAAUAUGAACGAUCUCAUCAUGCACGCACUCAAAAAGGCAAAUAUAUGGUCUGACUCGGAGCAGCAUACCGGCUGGGAUCAUGUGGUCAAAAUACGGGCAUUCAUCGUUGGUCUCUCCAACAUACGCGAAGAGGCUAGAAACCAAAUGGUGGAAAACAUCCGAAAGUGGUGCCCAAGACAUCAGCCGCUGUUCACCAUGGUCGGAAUUGAAAGCCUGCCAUUUCCCGAGCAUCAUGUUGAGAUCGAGGUUGAUGCAUUCAUCAGAUAGUAUCC